AUGAUCGUCCGCUGCUGCGGUCUGCUUCACGCCCGCGGCGAGCUGCGGCGCGGUGGGCAGCUGGAGAGUCUGGCGAAAGCCAGCGCCGACGGCUGCCCCACGACCCUCGACGCCAACCGACCCGUACCCUCGAAUUCAUCUCCAAGGCUCUAUCAAAUGGAUAACGCAGGUUCCGCCGACUUACAAUGGUUACUCCUCCGAGGAUGGAACUCUAAAGUCGUCAAGCGUGGCUCCGCUGGCUUUAUGUUCAGUUCAGAAGCCGGAAACUUGAAGAACACCCACUCUCCUCGUUAUUCCGGUCUCGUUCACCCGAAGCCAAUGGGUGUGACUGCAGCACCAUCCGGUGGUGUUUUGAUCACCACUCGAAAGGCCUCAGCCAACCCCCGUCAGGUUAAGGCCGCACGUACCACCGUCCGAGUCAACGGAUCAAUGGCCGGCUCCCGACGAGCUGCUGGAAAAGCCGCCAAGGCCGCCAAGAACUAUCGCUCUGACCUUGCCAGGGCCGCUAUUCUCCGCGCUGCCCGAAUUGCCCAGACAAACGUCCGAAGCAAGAAGCCCAAGUCCGCAUAA